AUGGAUGAGAAGCUCGCAGUGCGAGGUGGCCACACGCCAUCAAUCUUCUAUAUAAACGCAACGUUCCAAUCGUUUGCAAACCAUCACCUCGAGCUCAAUCAGUUUAACACCUCGAGCUUGUUUAAGCACAAGUGGUGGUGGUGGUGCAGGAUGAGGAGCUUCCGUUUCGUCUUCCUCGCGCUGGUGGCGAUGUCGCCAUUGGUGGCGGCGCAGCUGACGCAGAACUACUACGCCAGCAUCUGUCCCAACCUGGAGAACAUCGUGCGCGGCUCCGUCCAGAGGUCGAUGCAGCAGUCACCGAUCUCGGCGCCGGCGACGCUGAGGCUCUUCUUCCACGACUGCGCCGUCCAGGGGUGCGACGCGUCGAUCCUGAUCAUAAACCCCAACGGCGACGACGAGUGGCGCAGCACCGACAACCAGUCGCUGAAGCCGGAGGGGUUCCUGACGGUGAUGGCCGCCAAGGCGGCGGUCGACAGUGACCCCCAGUGCAAGAACAAAGUGUCUUGCGCCGACAUCCUCGCCCUCGCCACCAGAGACUCCGUCUUCCUGAGCGGAGGGCCGAACUACGCGGUGGAGCUUGGCAGAUUCGACAGCAGGGUGUCCACCAGGAACAGCGUCAACCUGCCGCAUGGCAACUUCAACCUCGACCAGCUCACCGGCUACUUCGGCAGCCUCGGCCUCAGCCCGACCGACAUGAUCGCUCUCUCCGGGGGUCACACCAUCGGCGCGGCGUCGUGCGGCUUCUUCGGGUACAGGCUCGGCAGCGACCCAACCAUGGACCCGAACUUCGUGAGUACGCUGCGCGGCAACUGCGCGGCCGGCAGCGGCGGCUUCGCGUUCCUCGACGCCGCGUCGCCGCUGCGGUUCGACAACGCGUUCUACCAGAACCUCCGCGGCGGCCGCGGCCUCCUCGGCUCCGACCAGAUCCUCUACUCCGACCCGAGGUCCCGCAGCCUCGUCGACGUCUACGCCGGCAACCAGGGCACCUUCUUCACCGACUUCGUCACCGCCAUGACCAAGCUCGGCAGGGUCGGCGUCAAGUCGGCGGGCAACGGCGAGAUCCGCCGCGACUGCAGGUUCCCCAACUGAUCGAGCCGGUCAAGUCUAGCGCGCGCGCGUACGUGACAUGGCACAUGAUGCGAUGUACGCGCGCGUGCGUGACGUCAUCUUCUUCUACCUUGAGGGUGGUGCAGCCACUGCAAGGUGCAUGUUCCUUGGGGGCCAUUGGCGCUGGGUGGAAACCUCUCUUGGAUUUUGGGAGGGGAAAACAGUUCACUGUUUGUUCAUUUUUAAGUUGUUUGUCAACGAUCCGAAUAAGUUGUAAUAUACAACGGUGUAAAAGUGAUUUGUUUGAUUUAUAUGUGUUUGACUUGACUUGGCAGCAAUU